AUGAAGCUUCUUUACCCAACCUCCGUGAAACCAGGACUCGACGUGCCGAGCCUGCAGGGCUUCUCCAUCUCUCUCCACCCUUACGAUGUCAAGUCCCCCAUUCCCGAGGAACACGUCGACGCCGAAAUUCUGGUGACCUGGUCCAACAGCCCAGAUAACCUCAAGGAUGCCGCACAGCGCCUGAAGAACUUGAAAUGGAUUCAGUCCCUUGCCGCCGGUCCGAACGACGUCUUGUCCGCUGGAUUCGAUACUUCCGCUAUCGUCGUCACCACCGGCUCCGGUCUACACGACUAUCCCGUUGCUGAGCACACUCUGGGUCUAUUGCUUAACGGGGCGCGACACUUUUACGAAAUGCGCGACUAUCAGCUGCAGUCGAAGUGGCCCGGCCACUUGGGCGGCUCGUUCCCACGCUCGGAUUUCACCACCCUGCGCGGAUCUCGUGUGCUCAUUUGGGGCUUUGGAAGUAUUGCAAAGACCUUGACUCCAUACUUGACCGGCCUUGGGGCGAAUGUCCGAGGUAUUGCUCGCAGUCAGGGUGUGCGAAAUGGAAUUGAAGUAUACGCCGAGGACAAACUCCCCGAGCUUCUACCCGAAACAGAUGCUUUGGUCCUGAUUCUGCCAGGCUCUGAAUCAACAGUGGACGUUCUGAAUGCCGAGAGAUUGAAGCUGCUUCCUAAGCACGCUUGGGUUGUCAACGUGGGUCGUGGUGUUUCGGUUGAUGAGGAUGCCCUUGCGGAUGCCUUGGAGAAGGGUGAGAUUGCUGGAGCAGCAUUGGAUGUGUUCAAGCAAGAGCCUCUCCCUGAGUCUAGUAGGCUCUGGAAGACGCCGAACCUUAUUAUCUCCCCUCAUGCUGCAGGAGGGAGACCUCAGGGCUGCGAGGCUUUGAUUGCGGAUAAUCUACGACGGUUCUUGGCUGGUCAGCAAUUGAGGAAUGUGAUUUAG